CAGCGCGGCGGCCGCAGGGGCUGCCCAUAGCCGCCUCCGAGUCGGUGUCGCUGAUCGCAGCCGGAGCGGGAGCCGGAACGUCCCUGCGUUCGUGGCUGCAGCAUGCGGGGCCGAGCCAAGCUGAACCUCCGCGUCCUGCUGGCGAGGAAAGUCGUCACCGAGGGCGGCGGUGCGGUUAUCUGGACCAGUUGGGACUCCCAGUCUCAGCCUCGGAUGCUGGACGGUGGCCCCAUUCCCCACCCAGCACCCCCAAACCCAGCCUGGUCCUCCCGGAGCCCUGCUCCAGACACCUCGGCACAGUCCUGCAACCCCAGUUUCCCACCUGCCCAGCAGAACUACCCCCAACUCCACCUUGACUGGGCUGUGAACUUUCGCCACCCCACCCGCCCCCAUCACCCAGACCUAGCUGCCAGGCUUCCGUCCUCCCCAAGCCCCCGGUCCCGUUCAUGUCACAGGUGCAGACCCUGCAGUCAGGCCCAUCCGGUUCCCCCACAUCCACCCGCAGUUUCCCUACCUCCCGGGUCUCAGCACUGCUGGCCCUGGGUCCCUAUGUUUCUCCGGCGGCUGCGGGGCUUUGAGCAGCACCCCGGCCGCAUCCCCUCGAUGCCAGGAGCCCCGAGUGUGAUUACCACAGAUGCCCCCGGACAUUGCCCAGGGUCCCUGCCAGGUAGGAACCACUGUCUUAACCCCUUAGCAGAGCAGGGGCUCCCAGGUCUCAGCCUGGGGUCCGGCGGAGGAGUGGGUGCCAUGGUGGAACAUUUCUGUUCUGUACUCACCAGCACAAGCCAGUGCAAGGCCAGAGCCUCCCCACAGCUGCAAUACAGUUCCAGCCGCACAGUCUGCUCCGUUCCCAGCAGCCAUGCAGAAAAUGCGAAAAGAAAUGGGUGGUGUGGGCCGCUGGAGGUGGAGCCCCCCGAUCCCGUGGUGGCAAUGGCCGUGGGCGAGUCCCGAGAGCUCACCUGCCGCCUGGCCUGCGCAGACGGCAGGGCUGCCUCCGUGCAGUGGCGGGGCCUGGACACCAGCCUGGGAGCCGUACAGUCGGGCGCGGGCAUCAGCGUCCUCUCCGUGCGCAACGCCUCGCUGUCGGCUGCGGGGACCCGCGUGUGCGUGGGCUCCUGCGGGAACCUCACCUUCCAGCAGGCCGUGCAGCUCCUGGUGUUCGCUUUCCCGAACCAGCUGACUGUGACCCCAGAGGCCCUGGUGGCCGGGCAGGGUCGGGAGGUGGCCUGCACAGCCCACAACAUCAUGCCUGCUGGCCCGCCUACCAGCCCUGACACCUUCUCCAUGUCCCUGCUCCUGGGGGAUGGGGAACUGGAGGGGGCAGAGGCCCUGGGCUGGGAUGUGGAGGAGGAGCCCCAGGAGGGCGAGGACCCGCUGUUCCAAGUGACGACCCGCUGGCUGCUGCCCCCCUGGGGGACCCCCGCCCUGCACACCCUCCACUGCCAGGCCACCCUGAGGCUGCCAGGCUUGGAGCUGAGCCACCGCCAGCCCAUUCCAGAGACAGACCCUGUUGCUGUGGGUUUUAUCCAGAUAGGAACGUGUCGCUCCCAUUCACAGCUGUGUCUCCAGUGGCUAAAACAGUGGCCAGCACAUAUCCUGCAGGGCCUGACCUCCCCGGAGCCCCCCGCCAUGUCCCCUCAAGAGCACCCUGGCACGACCCUCCCGGAUCUCCGUAUCAGGAUCCCCCCAGAGCCCCCCACUACCCCCCGAGAGCACCCCAUCACGACCCCUCUGGAGCUCCAAAUCACAACCUCCCCUGAGGUCAGCCCCGAGCAGGCCUCCGCCCACAGCCCAGGGAGUCCUGGCCUGGCACCUAGGAACAGCUCCACGAGGCCCUGCCACCCGGAGAUCCACGAGUCGUCAGCACUGGGGGUUUUGGAGCUACUGUGUGAGGCGGCCUGCGGCCCAGGGGUGGCUGUGCGCUGGACCCAGGCCCCUGGCGGACUGGCAAAUUACGAGACGCGGGAGUCCGGGGCCCAGGCUUGGCUGAGCAGCAGGAGCACCCUGUGGACCAAGUGCCACCCUGAGGGCUGGUUCCAGUGUCGCCUGGACCCGGGGGGCCAGGUGGCCAACCUGCACCUGGUCCCGGAAACCUGUUCCUCGCCAACCUCUGCAGCCCUGUGGACCGGCAGCUUGGUUCUGGGGCUGCUUCUCCUGGCGUUCCUCAUCUACCACCUGCAGAAACACUGCCGGCACACCAGCUGAUGGCCAAGGCCGCACUCUGGGCCCCCUGCCCUGCCCGGACCACACUGAGAGGGACUUUCCUUCCACUCAGUUGCGACUAGAGGACGUUUGCAGGGUUCUGGGCAGCAGGGGGGCUAACCGUGGGCCCUUUACCCUGAUGGCCACCACAUCCGGCUUCCCCAGCAGGCUGGGCUUCCCCUCAGUGGAGCCCUGGGGAGCCCCCCCACCCCAAUGGUGCAUAGCUAGAGAAUAAAAAGCAUCUGGUCUGA